UCCUCAUCUGAUGUCCAUAACGUGACGGUGUCUGUGAGUCUUUGGGACUCUUUCAGCACAGCUGUGGCUAAAAAUGUGAUUGUUUUGGCUCUGGGCAUCACCAUCAACUACAUCAACAGCACCCUGAUACACACCUUCAGGAAACACCAGAUAUUCUACAUGAACCCCCGUUACGUCCUCUUCAUCCACCUGGUGGUGAAUGAUAUGAUCCAGCUCACUACAACAAUCAGCCUGUUUGUCUUCAGUUACAUCUUCUACAGGAUCAACGCCUCCCUCUGCUGCCUCAUUAUAACUCUGGCCGUCUUAACGACCCUCAACACACCGCUGAAUUUAGCCGUCAUGGCGGUGGAGUGCUACGUCGCUGUUUGUUUACCUCUCAGACACGCUGAGCUGUGUACCAUCAGAAGAACGUAUUUCCUGAUUGGAGGGAUUUGGGCUCUGAGCACCACCACCGUACUGCCUGAUGUCUUUGUCUUCCUAGCCACUGAGCCUGUGUCACGUUUCUAUUCUGUGGUUUUCUGUUCCUCCAGUAACAUCUUCAGACACCCCAUCCAUGUGAAGAAGAAGGAUGUAGUCUACACCGUGUUCCUGAUCAGUGUUUGGCUCAUUCUCCUCUACACUUACAUUAUGAUCUUCAUCGCCGCUAAAGGAGCAAAAUCCGCUGAUGGAGAUGCAAAGAAGACAAGGAAUACAAUCCUGCUCCACGGGUUUCAGCUGCUGUUAUCCAUCCUCUCAUACGUCUACAGUCAGAUCGUGAAAUCUAUGUCCUACCUGUUUCCUAAAUAUUAUCUUCAUGCAGUCUUUGUUGCCUACAUCAUCAUACAGAUCCUUCCCAGGUUCAUCAGUCCGAUUGUGUACGGGCUCAGAGAUAAGACGUUCAGACAGCAUUUAAAGAAAUAUCUGCUCUGCCCAGAGAGAACGAGCAUCCAGCCCUGGACAGAAGCAAAGGACACGUCAAUGGGCGGACUAAGAUGA